AGAGGUCACACCUAUUGAAGACUUUAUUCCAGAAGAAUGUCCCUCAGAGGCCACACCUGUUGAUCUUGAACCAAAAGUUAUUUCAAAGAUCAAAACUUUACUUUUCGUACCAGAGGAUCUGUCCGAGGUCAUAUCUUAGCAAGUCUUAGUACCAGAAGAUCUGUGCGAGGUUUCAUCUGUGGAGGACUCCGUGUUUCAGCAGCAGUCAACAGAGGAUCGUUGAUGAAGCAUUUGUUCCUGAAGUGAAUGAUUCAGUUGAAGUCAUCACAAAUGACGGAAAAUUUGAACAGCUGAGGACGCUGGUGUUCGUGGCCUGGCUGCUCGGCUACGUGUUCUUCCUGCUGUCGGCCCGCAGGAUGUGGACGGGCAAGUACGUGCGCGGCCCGCUGGCCCGGGCGCUGCUGCAGAACAUCGGGAACGAGAGCGACGCGGCCUCAGCUGAGGCGCAUGCGCAGGAGUGGUACCGUUGCUGCCCCGACCUGCUGGGGGAAUCAGUGCGACCUCUAUUCAUCCAGAGCCACCUGGACUCGGGCACCAAAGCUUUUCUCAAGCGGAGUGCAGAGAAGUCUGGCUGGCUGUUCACGCAGCUGUACCACUCCCUCGUAUCCACGGUGCUGAGUCCUCUCGUGUCACGGACCUCCAUCAAUGGGUUUCUGAGUCGGGGAUCAAUGUUUGUGUUUUCAGCCGAACAGUUCAGACAGCUGCUCCGCGUUGAGCUGGACUGGAACGCCGAGAGGCUCCUGGACCUCGGAGCUGGGGACGGGGGGGUCACAGAGGUGAUGGGGAACCACUUCAGACAGGUCUACACAACUGAAGUCUCCGGGCCCAUGAAGUGGCAUCUCCAGAGGAAGAACUACAAAGUGCUGGACAUCGAUGAGUGGCAGCAUGUUGGUCUCCAGUACGACGUGAUCAGUUGCCUGAAUCUGCUGGACCGCUGCGAGGAUCCUCUCCAACUCCUGCGGGACAUCAAGAGAUCCUUGGUUCCCAAAACGGGACGAGUCAUUCUGGCUGCUGUUCUUCCCUUCCAGCCUUAUGUAGAAAUCGGAGGAAAAUGGGAGCGUCCGAAAGAACACCUCAAAGUGAAAGGAAAGACGUGGGAGGAGCAGGUCACGUCGAUGUCCAAGAAGGUCUUCCGGAAGGUGGGCUUGGAGGUGGAAGCUGUGACCCGGCUGCCUUAUCUCUGUGAAGGAGAUAUGUAUAACGAUUACUACGUGCUUGACGAUGCCGUUUUUGUUCUGAAAGCUUCAGACGAGAGCGAGGAAUCUGAUCACUAAAUGCCGAACGUACUGUGGGAAUGUGGGAACUUCUUCUUG